UCUGCUCUUCCCCAUGACUGCAGCACACUCCGAUCCCCUUUCCUCAUCCCGACCUCCGCUCCUCCCGCAGCCGCAGGCCGGCCGCCGGUGGCCAAUCUCGGGAUAACGCCGCGUCAGCGGCCGUGUGUGGUAUCUGGUACUAAGACGAGCUCUCUGCGCGACACGGAAGGAGGAGACGACCGAGGCAUGCGGGGCUCGAGGAAAGGGAGGCGACGGCCUCCGGGCGAGUGGCAGCGGCUCCGGAACGCAGACGAGGCGGCCGCGGCGAGCUCGUUGCAGGCGGCGGCGGCGCUGGCCUCCCUCCAUCUUCCGCAUCCAGGACCCACGGCCACAGCAAGCGACUGCCAGGAUCAGGAACUGGUUGGGGCAGAGGGAGCACGCGGAAAGCGCAAGGGGAAGCGGAAGUGGGGCUUCAAGGCCGGCAAAGGAGACGCGGUGGACUCCGGUAGGCUUCCUCCUGGUCAUUUUGCUCAUCGCCGGUCAACCUGCAGGGGAGGAGUUGGUUCCAUAGAUGAAGUAUUACACGGCGAAGUGGGCAUCAGGAGCCGCUUCAGUGCAGCGCGGGUUCGGGAUAUCAUGCGGAGUCUUACACCCCGGCAGCAGGGAUAUGUGGCAAAGUAUGGAUUCGAGCACUUCAGUCGGAUUGGGGAAUUCUCUGUCCAUGAGCCACUGGCUGAGUGGAUCAUGGGGAAAAUUAAUCCUCCAUUCUCUGAGUUAAGAAUUAACACGGACAAGACAAUAGUUUUUAACAGGCCCCUUGUUCAGAAAGUUUUGGGUGUACCGGCAGGGGGGAGACCCUUUGUGCUUCAUGGGCAGAAGACGGAAAAAAUCAAACAACUACGAACUCUAUACUUAAAUAAUGGUCUAAGGGCAACCAUUCCCCAUGCCGUCAGUUUACUUAAGAACAACGAGGAUGAGGAGUCCUUCGUGAGGACAUUCCUGCUUAUUUUACUUGCAGCAGUGCUCACCCCAACCACUGGAAAUACCAUUGACCUCGACUACCUGUGGGCCUUUGAAGAUAUGUCGGCAGUGCAGGACCUCGAUUGGGCUGGCCAUAUCACGGAGCAUCUGAUGGAAGAGGUCCGGAAAUUUCAGUACAAAUCUAGGGAGGAGAAGAUGACAGACUUCUGGGUUGGCGGGUGCUUGCCUUUGCUCAUGAUUGCUUAUAUGGAUCACUUGGAUCUCCCUAGAGGGCGAAUUAUAGACCGUGAAAUCAACUACUCAGUCCCCAGGAUCUGCCAUGUUUCUAAGGAUGAUUUCCAAUUUACCGCGAUUGCUGACCUGAAUCGUCAACAUUAUAAGUUUGCCACAUUUGGGAUACUUCCUUUCCGUGAUAGAACACCGUACAAUGAUAAUCCAAUAAUCGAGGAGACAGAAAUAGCAGAAGAUGAUCUUCAUAUUCCCUCCAAGGAUUAUGUUUUAUCAGGGCAGUGGGAGCUUGAAGCGCAUGAGGAGAGAAUAUAUGAACUUGGCCAGGGAAUUCAGCCUGAAAUCCUUGCGUUUGCGGAAGCAAGCAUUGAUAAUUCCCCUCCUGGAAGAAAUGGUAUUGGCUCAAACCAAGGAAGUAAAAGAUUUGCUAGCUGUGAAAGGGGCACUUCUAGCCAUUUUAGGAAUACUGCAAAGGCGGAUGUGACAUCCCCUUCAUCUGAGGAAUCAGGAGAAGAUAGUGCUCAACAAUACGAGUCCUCUGAGUCGGAUGAUCAUCCGACACCUCCAGAAGCUGAUUAUGGGGUGAUAUUCAGGAAUUGUCUAUCUGGAGCACAAAUUGAGAAAGUAAACACACUUAUCCAGAAAAUUCAACCUGGAACUGUUGUAUUCGUGGCUACCAUGAGGAAGUGCGAUGUUCAACUGCCUAGCCCUCUUCUGAUCGUCUCUAAGGAACGCGCGCUAGCUGCAGCUGCACGCUUUCCACAUGAAAGUGGGACUGUCACACUUGAGGUGCCAGGCAAGAGCGAGAAGUGGCAGCCAAGGUUCUUCGUGGAAAAAGACGCGUGCAUGCUCGCUGGUAACUGGUUAGACUUCGUAUGCGACAACCAAGUGCAGGAGGAAGACAUAUGUGUCUUCGUACCGGCAAAGGAGGAGGAGAAGUCCAAAUUCAUGGUCCAUAUAAUCAGUGCAGAAGCUACUCGCUCCAGGGGUGUUAAAAGGGCUCGCCCGAGCCAUGAUUCUCCAGUGGUUGUUGAUGAACAAACGGCAAACCCAAGUGUCAUUUAGGAAUGGCAAGCAAUGUAUCGUGGUUAAAGGCUGGAUCAAGUUGGCCUCAGCGGGCCUGCAUUCCGGUGACAUGUAUAUGUGCCUCUUGGAACUGAAGAAGGAGAAGAACAAGACGGAGCUUUACCAUGGUGGUCCAUAUAGUUUCCAGUCUUGCAGAGACCAGUUGUAGUUUGUGUAUUGGCUAGCAGUAGUAGUAGCAUUUUCAGCUGUGCACUGGCUAUUGUCAUGUUCGGGCAAUAUGCAUACAGAAUGUUUAUUCUCGAUAGAAAUAAGAAAACAAUUUUCUCUUUCAUCA